AUGCUGAAUCUCAGUUUGCAAGGUUCACAAAUCUCCCUAUCUAGACAGUCCAGUUCCAGCUACAGAAAUGUGCCCGCAGCUGAUGAGAAAUUACACUCUGGGAGAACUAAAACACCUUCCGUAAAAUCCGAACGCCAGAAACUGAGCGGUCAAUUGUUUGAGGCUGGUAAUACUAGGCUGUGCGUCGAUGCACCCGAUACUUCAUCCGGUAUUCAAAGGAAGGAGCAAGUCAGAAAGAGUUUCUCAGAUAAUGUCAUCGCUAGAAGUCAGCAAAAUGUUAACGACUGGUUGGACGCUUGUGGCCAAAAAAUCGUGGAUGAUUUGGAAGAAAUCGAUGCAGCUUCCCUUGAUGUGGAAUCUGUGGUGUCCUUGAUUGUUGACAAGAAUGGCAAUAAACGAAGUGACCACCCUGGACUCAAAUUGUUUCUUGAUAGUUUGGAUUUGGUAGAAGAUGAGCACAAUCAGGACCUACAGCGGAAAACUCCCAAACCACAUUUCGAACCGGUGGAGUGUCAGCAAGAAAUGAAUACCUCUGGUGAUGUUUCUACGAAAUUAGUUUCUGAACAAGCUUUUUAUGGCACCGAGUCCGGGAUAAAACAAAUUACGUCAAAGGAAAACAAGUUUCCAAAAGACGAAAUUAAAGAGAUGAUAAAGGAAGUCGAGGCAGCGCAGGCAAUUCAGCGGUUUUGGAGACGCCAAAAACGCAAAAAGCUCGCCGCGCAGGCAGCGUUGAUCCGAAUGAUGGCAGAGCAAAAGCAUCGUUUGAAGGAGCGGCAAAUCACUCCAGGUAUGCCGCUUCAAGCUGCCAUCGUUAGACGAGAGAAGUCGCAACAGAAUCGGCGGAUGGAGCAGCAUAAACAUUGUGCACAGGCUCUCCAAGAGAAGCGUGAGAAUCGCCAAUCUGAGGAACAGCGAACCUGUGCCAUCUUUACAGACCCGGACGGAACAAUGAAAUGCGCCACUCCAAAGUCCAGCUGUAACUCUGUAUUGGUAGAGCAACCACACUCUCCAAUGGAAACAUCUGAAGGGAUCAGUGCCAGGAAAGAAGGUGUAUCACAAGUGGAGCAUCUUGUAGAGGAAAUCAAUAAUCCGGAGGUUUUAGGAUAUUGUCCUGACGAAGUAAAAUACGAGGAACAAUCAGAAGAGCCGGCACCUGUGAGGAAUGACCUUCAAUGCAGCCUGCAGGUGGUGGAACCUUCAGCUUGCUCUGGCCGGACUAAUAUCCAAGAACUUUUGAACGAUGUGAGAAAUCUUGGUGAUUUGGAUGCAGAGAAUCGGUACAUAUGUGAAAGAUCCUUGGAAAACGGACGUUUCAACUCUGGUGUAUCAGAUGCUGCUCAUAGUGACCUGUGCAUGAGAAAAGAAGUUUGGUCCGAAAUGUUAGACGAAAUUCAUCGUGUUCUGUCGGAAUCAGAUGAACCGGCUACUUUGGAUUUAGCCUAUUGGCCCACCUCGUAUUCCCAUCAUCCUGCAACAACAACAAAAACAACAACCGAAAUUUUCAAGCCCAACCUACCUGGGAAUUUUAACCAUCAAUCCUAUUCUGGUGCAUCGCCGCACUGGAACAGAGAUGCAACACUGCCUCUAACGGAGCAAAACUUGAAGCAACACUCAAAAAAUCUGAACGAAUCAAAGAAGCGUGGAGAUGCUAGAAGAUCAGCUGAAACAUUCGUUCAACAAUCAAGGGAUGAGAUGCGAAAGCUGGCACAAUCGGAUGGUUUGCGCGGUUCCGUUGUGUAUCCCACCGGCAGUCAUCGACCCACCUCAGCAGCUAAACAGGACAAGGCGGAUUCCAUCAGGACAGUGGGCUCCGUCCAGGCUGUACGACAAGCCGCAAGUUUUCGUCCAAGUUCUUCGGAAGAACUAAUUCAAGGGCAAUACUAUUUUGAUGCCGAAAUGACUGUUCGAUCACUGACAGCACAGCUAGAAGAAAAGACCCGUUCGGUACAACGUCUUCAACGAGCACUGGAACAACAACGAGAGCUGUCCGUGCGGCAGCUUCGCAACACACAACGAGAAGUGGACCAAAGGAUGGAAGCAGCGAAGACUGACUACGAAGCCACGAUUGAGGAGAAAAAGGUUCUUCAUUCGAAAUACGAAGGUCUAAUGAGUGAAUUAAAGGUAGCUGUUCAAAAAGCGGAAGAGAAGCUUAAGGUGGUUGAAGAUAGGCAUAAAGUGGAACUUCGCAAAGUGGAAGCAAAAGUACAUGCCACAGAAAAGCUUCGCAGAGAAAAAUGGGAAACCGAGAAGGUGAAGCAAAUAAAAGAUUCAACAAUGCGUGCCAUGGAAACUGAAAUAGCCAGCCUAAUUGCCAGUCACAAGAAAGAGCUGCGACAGCUGCGCGACGCUUGCAAUGAGCAAAUUCAAGCAGCAGACUCUAGAGCCUAUGAAGCGUAUACCGGUCAAGUAGAAGAACUGCGUCAGACUCUGUCAAGGGAAAAGGAAGACGCCUGUGCCAGAGAGCGUGAGGAGGCGAACAAAAGGUUAGAAAAAACGCUGAAAGACGAGCGUGCUGCCUUAGAGAUUCAGCGUCGACGCCUACUGCUUGAAAUAUCCGAUGAGCGAGAGCGGUUAGCUCUAACUGCACGACGCGAUCGCGAAGAACUGGAUCGCAAAAGACAACAGUUAGAGGAAUCGCUUACAAACGCGGAGGCAAAAUGCGCUUCUGAACUGAGAAAGCAGAUUGAUGAACUCACGGAACGUCAUGAGAAGGAGAAGGCUGAAAUGCAAGAGCGCAAUCUGGUUGAGAGACAGGCGUGGGAGGAACAUCUAAAAUCUGUGUUGGAGGCACAGUAUUUGGUUAGGGAAAAUGCACUUCGUGAUCAGCUCAAGCGUGAACGGGAUCGUCAGCUCGAGUCUGCGGUGCAACGUUUGGAAGAGGAAAUCAAUGGGCUACGUGACGAAGCGGAACGUGAGGCUGAAGCAAAGAUCAAACGCGUCCGUGACAAGUUAACAGCCGAAAUAGUCGAGCUUGAACGAUCCGAGAAACAUGCCAUGGAAAAAUAUCGCGAGAUGAAGACAAAACUUCUAGACAAAGAACACGAAUGUGAACGCUAUCAGAUAUCCGGAAAGCAGAAGGAGGAAGAGAUCACCGAGAUCCGUGCCCAGUAUGAAAAACUGAGCAAAGAACGUCAAAACAUAUCUGAUAUCGUAAGACAAGAAUUCGCCGAUCGUCUGGUUUUGGCGGAAGAACAGAAUCGUACGCUGAAACGUGACGCGGCGGAAUUGCGAGCGCGUUUGAUGAGCGAGCAAGGAAAGCAUGAGGCUGAGCUGAAUGCGGUGAAGCACUCAACUCAAGCAGAACUGGAAACGUUGCAUCAAAAAAUAAAGGAAGCCGUUAGAAAGAAGGAAGAGAAAAUAAACGCGUUGAAGCAACAAUUUGAAAAACAACUCGCUGUUCAGCUCAGCGAAGUGGAAUCCGCAAAUCAGCGUGCAGCACACCUGGAGGAGAUGCUGGACCAACAAAGACAGCAGUUUUUACAAGCCAAGCGUUGA